GGUUCUUAGUUUUCGGCUAGCCAAGGAUUAAAGCCGAAAGUUAUAUUCUUUUGUCCGUCAAGGAAUAUCCGAUUGAACUGGCACCCAUUUGAUCAAGUCGGGGGAUUUGAUUGAGCAAUCAGAGAUCUUUGAAGGAUUGAGCUCUGGACUAUAUCCUCAGGCUGCUGAGAAGGUUUCACAGAUUGAUAAGCUGUUUGCGCUUCCCAAACAAGAUUCAUAAUUUUCAAAACCAGUAGGUGCUCAGGUCAAGAAUGCCUGGACACGAAGUUGCCAACGAUGACAUGAUGAUCGAUGAGUAUGAACAGAAGCAAGUGAAUGCUGUUCCUGAUGGAUUUAACUCUCAGUAUCUCAAAAUUUACUAUGGAAAGCUCUUCCCAUAUGAGGAAAUGUUUAAGUGGAUGUCCUAUGCAAAUGAUGGCAAGCAUCCUGCAUGCAACCAGUCCUACUUUGGCCGGAGAGAGUUUUCUUUCACACUGGAUAAUGAUGUUUAUCUGCGGUACAAAACUUUCAACUCCGUGUCUGAGCUUGAAAAUUCUAUCAAAGAGAAGUGCCCCGUCAAAAUAGAUAUUGGGCCUGUGUACAAUGUUGAUCCUGCAAAGAGGCAUUCCUAUGCUCAAAGUGGUUGCUACCCCGAGGAGAGGGAACUGAUUUUUGAUAUAGAUAUGUCAGAUUACGAUGAUGUUAGAUACUGCUGCUCAGGAGCUGAUGUGUGCCUGGAGUGCUGGCCGCUUAUGACAAUUGCUAUCAAAGUGAUUGACACUGCCCUUCGAGAUGACUUUGGUUUCAAUCACAUUCUCUGGGUAUACAGUGGCCGACGUGGUGUUCACUGUUGGGUUUGUGAUGGGAAAGCUAGAAGGCUCACAAAUGAACUGAGAGCAGCUAUUGCUGACUAUUUUCGUGUCUACAAGGGCAAUGAAAACAGUCAUAAAAAGGUUUCUUUGAUGGGCCCUGCUCUUCAUCCAUUCCUUGUGAGAUCAUAUACCGAAGUUCUUAAGGAUUUCUUUGAGAGGACAUUGCUUUCCAGUCAAAAGAUAUUUUCUACUGCAGAGAGAUAUGAAAAGAUCUUAGAUAUGAUUCCUGAUGAAUCUGUCACUUCUGAGCUUCGGGGAAAGUGGCAAGAUAAUAGACGAACCUCCAAUGCAAAAGAAGACAUUAAUGUUGCUCGUUGGGAGCAGCUGAAACAUAUGCUGCAAUCUGGGAAACAGAAGAUGCAAGGACUGCGUAGAUGUGUGGAGGAGAUUAUGUUCUCUUAUACCUACCCUAGACUUGACAUGGAGGUUUCAAAACAUAUGAACCAUUUAUUAAAGGCACCAUUCUGUGUACAUCCAAAGACAGGUCGUGUUUGUGUUCCAAUUGAUCCCAACCGUUGUGAGGAGUUUGAUCCUACUGCAGUUCCAACCCUUUCCACUCUUAUUGAAGAACUUAAUAAUGAGGGUUUGAGAGCAGAGGCUGAUAACGAACGGGAUAGAGCGUCACUUGGAAAAUCAAUAAGAUUCUUCCAAUCAUCAUUUUUGGAGCCUUUGGUAAAAUCUUGCAAGGAGGAGAUGAUAAGUUCCUACAAUGCGAAACUGCAGCAGUCGAAGUUGCAGCAGUCAAAGAACGUGCUUGCUGCAAUCUAGUUCAUCUUUGUGGUAUCCAACUUUCAGGACUUGUUUAGUUCGUGAAACUGAAAUUUUCCAAUUACAUCAUUAGGAUUUAUGAAUGAAACUGACAGUCAUGUAAAUGUCAUAAAACACCUUUGUGCUGCAACAGUUUCGCUUGCACAUGGUUGCAUCUUAUUUCAACAUUGUCGUUCGGUACAAUGAAUCAUAGGAACUGUUGAAGCAUACUCUGUCACAAUCUUUCAUUUUAUCAUCUUUUUCAUGAAAAAACUGUGGAAUGUGUAUUACCCCAUAGACAUGUUUACAUGCUUUGGUUUCUUGUCUCCCAUGGGAUCCGCCGAUUUCUACUACGUAAGAUUGUACAGACAACUGAUUGAUAAAAAUCAAAUGGAGAUGAUGCUACACGGAACUGCCUCCUCUGUGUAGUCAUUCUUCAAAAGAUGACUAAGCAGCUCAUCUGAAGAGACACAUAACGUU